AUGGGCGAUCAUUGGGGCAUGAUGUGUAUUUUACGCGGCGAUACGCCUAGUGCAGUGCGUUUUAUUGGCUGCUCUACCACCAAACCAGCUCCACGCGUUUUUGAAUAUCAACAACGACAACGACAGCGAAGGCGAAGGCAAAGCGAAAAAGAAAAAGACGGAGGACAAAGACACGAAAGAGCGGACAAGGAGCGAAGGAGAGGGCGGCGAGGGGAGGACAAGCGGCGGGCUCGUCGAGGGCAGGAUUCGAGCCCAGGUUCGACGGCUGGCCGGCCCGGGCAGCUUACAAAAGGGCCGUUUCAGCGUGAUAACCACUAUAGCCGACCGCGAUGGUGGACGAACCUAACUAUCGGCCGGGAUGAUCGAAUAAGGGAAUCCCGCCAGGGGCCGUUGAGGAGUCAGGCAAAGACGGACACACAGACAUGGAGCCGUUGGGAGCCUGCGAGGGCCUGGAUGGCUGCCACAAGUCGCAAGCCAGCUAAAAGAGAAGGCUGCUGA